CUGAGCUGAGGCACAUUUGUUGUGCUGUAUUGUGUUUUGCUUCUUGAAAAUAUAAGAUGCAUCCAAGUGAAUUUUGCUGGAUUGUAUGGCUGAUGCUGGUGACUUCUACAGCAUAUGCAGAAAAACCAAAGGUGGCACUAAAGAUAAAGAACCAAAAGGAACCACUUCACAUUGGUGACAAUGUCACUCUGGAGUGCAGCAUUGAGAGUGACUUACCUAACUGGAAAUAUCGUUGGCACAAAUGGAGCUCAUUAUUAAAGUGGACUAAUAUUGAUGACAGCAGUGAAGGCACACACACGCACUCCGUGUUUUCAUAUGAAAUUGAGUUGUACUGGUGUGCUGCUGUCAGAGAUGAUCAUCCUUAUUACUUUGAAAUGAGCAACGCUGUGACAGUGAGUGUUCAAGACAAACCAAAAGCGACACUUAAAAAGAGGAAACCUGAGAACAUCGGAGACACACUGACCCUGAAGUGCAGUUUUGAGGGCGGAUUUACUGGCUGGAGAUACACCUGGUUGAAACUGAACUGGACAGGACGGAUUGGUUCAGUUAAAGGCAUCACUGGAGACACUUACACGGUCCAGUCUGUGACUCAGUCUGAUACUGGAGUGUACUGGUGUGCUGGUGAGAGAGAUGAGCAUCCUCAAUACACGAAGCUCAGCAAUGCUGUUACGCUGAGUUUUCAAGAGAAACCAAAAGUCACCCUAAAGAUGAGAAAUCAGUCAGAACUUUUUUUCGGAAGUGUCGUUGUGACUCUGGAGUGCAGAAUUGAAGGGGUGGAAGAAGGUUACUGA